AAAACUAGACAAAGCCCAACUCUUCAAACUGGAACUACUGAAAGGAAGCUAAAUGAGACCAUUAAGAAAUUACCAACUAGUAAAGCAACUGGACCACAUGGCAUCUCAAAUGAGAUACUAAAACAUUUAG